AUGGCCUCGGAUCAGCAGCAGCAUCAGCAGCAGCAGCAGCCUAUUGCGACUGUCUACGUGCGCAACCUCGAGGAGCGCGUCAAGCCGGAGCCGCUCAAGGAGGCGCUGCGAGCCAUCUUCUCCGAGUAUGGAAACAUCAUCGACAUUGUGGCCAAGACGAACCUGCGCGCCAAGGGCCAGGCCUUCAUCGUCUUCGACAACCCCGAGUCGGCCGCGAAUGCCGUCGAGGAGGUCCAGGGCUUCGAGCUCUUCGACAAGCCCAUGCACGUCGCCGUAGCGCGCAGCAAGAGCGAUGCCACCGUCCUGCAGACCGGCAACGAGGACGAGUUCGACGCCCACAAGCGCCACCGCAUGGCCGAAAUGGACAAGAAGAAGGCCCUCGAGGCCGCCGAGGAGCAGAAGCGUCUUAAGCGUCCCCUGGUCGGAGCCGCGGCCGACGCCAGCGGCGGCCGACCGGCCAAGGCGGCGCGCGGCGCUGGCCUCAAGGCCACUGGCGCCGGCGCCCCGGCCCAGCUGCCUGACGAGUACCUGCCGCCCAACCGGAUCCUGUUCGUGCAGAACCUGCCCGACGGGUUCACUAAGGAUGACGUCGUCGCCAUUUUCGGCGUGUUUGAGGGCUUCCGCGAGGUCCGCAUGGUUCCCGGCCGCACUGGCAUCGCCUUUGUCGAGUACGACGCCGAGCCUGGUGCCAUCGUGGCCAAGGAGCAGACCGCUGGAAUGGCCGUGAAGGAUGGUGAGAAGGCCUUGAAGGUGACCUACCAACGGCAGUAG